UCCAAGGUUGCUUAUCCAUUCAAACUGAACAAGAAAGAUAAAGCAUUCCAUAGCCUCCCAUAAAAAUGAAGAAUACUAUCUUCUCUGCUCUCUUUCUACUUUGUGCCUUCACCACCUCAUACCUACCUUCAACCACCGCGGUGGUCGAUACCGACGGUGAUAUUCUUCAGAAUCCUGGCACAUACUUUAUCUUGUCCGUUUUUCGACCCGGCGGCGGAGUAGAAUUCGCCGCCACUGGAAACGAAACUUGCCCUCUCACUGUCGUGCAGACUCUCUUCGGGAGGGGCUUUCCAGCAAUAUUAUCGUCCCGGUUACGAAUCCCUUUCAUCGGCGAAGGACAACUCUUCAGCAUCCUGUUCCGUAUUGUGCCAUGGUGCGCCACCACUCCUUCUAAGUGGACCAUUGUGGAGGGUUUACCAGAAUCACCCGCGGUUAAACUCACUGGGUACGACAACACAGUGCCUGGUGAGUUUAAAAUUGAGAAAGCUAACCCUUUCCAUAACGACUAUACCCUUUUGUUCUGUCCAGCUGGCGAAGAAAGCAAAUGUGGUUAUGUUGCGGUUCAUUUCGACCAAUUCCGCAACAGGCGCUUCGUAGUGAUUGAGGUUCAGGAGCAUGAAUUGUGGGUUAUGUUUCAGAAACUUGAAUAUGCAUCAGGAUUAACUCUUUCAUCUGCAUGAAGCACCACUUGUGUGCCCUCAAAAGUCAUAUAUGUAGUUUCUGUUGGAAAAUAUUUUUCUAUAAUUUAAAUUUUAAGUAAAUAUUUUUGGGGACCA